UAAACACAAGGGGUGCGCAAGACACAUACUGCACACUCAUGUGACCUGCAAGAUCACGCAGCUUGGCUAAAAACCAUGGCGAUGGCGGCGCUGGUGGUGGUGCUCUCUCUCCUGAUCCUGCCGACCGGGGAGGCGCAGGAGAGGCGCCCGGUGGAAGCGCACCCGCACGGGCUGCCGUUCGAGAGCCCGCUGGCACUGUCCCCGGCGGCGUACGACUUCUUCCACCCCAGUGAGCACGCCCAGCGCGUGGCCGGCGCCCCCGAGCUCGCGCCGCGCGGGCAGCCAAGGGGGUCGGUGGUCCGGGGCGCCGGCGCGUCCGCGGCGAGCGUGGCGAGGGCCGACCACGAGGAAGGGGGCGUGGCGCCCGUCAACACGGCUCGACGUGGUGGAGCUGUCCGUGCGGGCGUGGUGGCCGGCGUGUUCGUCGGAGCCGCGGUGGUGGUCUUGGCGGCUCUCGGGCUAGCGUACGCGGUGGCGCGGCGCCGCGUGGGCGUCGCGCAAGGUGACGCUGAGGUGGCUAGCGGGCCGAAGUCGAAUGCUUAAUGGGCUGGAUUAGGGGUAGCUUUGCGUGGGCCUAGAGAGUUAGGCCAUAGGGGCGGGCUGGUAGUGUGUAAAUUAUCGGUGUUUCAUCAUCGAGCGACGGGAAAAUGGUUACAGGCGACUUCCACUGUAUGAGCUCUCAAGCCUACGACCGAUCGUGCUGUGAACAAUCAUCGCGUACUAAUAUAAACCUCAGAGAACGCUUUUGCUCGA